ACCCCAGGCAUCGAGGAACACGACUCCGAGGGCCGCGUCCUGACGGCCGAAUUCCCAUCUUUUUACAUCGUUUCCGCCUACGUCCCGAAUUCGGGUCGGGGUCUGACCCGCCUCCAAUACCGCCAACGUUGGGACGAAGCCUUUAAAGAUUUCCUCCUGGCUCUGGAUUCCCAAAAACCCGUGGUCCUUUGCGGGGAUCUGAACGUGGCCCAUCAAGAAAUCGAUCUCCGGAAUCCCAAAAACAACCGGCGUUCGGCCGGCUUCACCCAGGAAGAGAGGGAUGGAUUCGGGGCUCUGCUCAACGCCGGCUUCCUGGAUUCGUUUCGGGAGCUUUACCCCACCGUGCCCCACGCCUACACCUUCUGGACCUACAUGGGGGGAGCCAGGCAGCGCAACGUGGGCUGGAGGUUGGAUUAUUUCCUCCUCUCCAAGCGUUUGGGAUCGGCGCUGUGCGACUCCAAGAUCCGAUCCGCGGCCAUGGGAAGCGAUCACUGCCCCAUUACGCUCUACCUGGCUGUGUAAGGGGGGGGGAGCCCCACAGCCCGGCAUGGAUCCCAUCGACUUCACCCCAAAUCCCAUCGACUUCAACCCAAAUCCCAUUAACUUGACCCAAAAUCCCAAUAACUCGACCCAAAACCCCGUUAGUUUUUCCCCAAAUCCCAUUAACUCGACCCAGAAUCCCAUUGCGUUGACCCCAAAUCCCAUUACUUGACCCAAAAUCCCAUUAACUUGACCCAAAACCCCACGAUCUUGACUCAGAAUCCCAUUGCUUGACCCAAAAUC